AUGAAUUGGUUGAGGUACCCAGAUCUGAAAGAACUAGUAAUCGAGAAUUGCGAUCGUUUACGUGCAAUUGAAAAAUUUGCAUUCAAAGGCUUAAAUCGUUUGAAAUUACUUCGCUUAGCUAACAAUCCAUCGCUAACUGAUAUAGCGAAGAACGCAUUUUCGCAGAUUUCUAAUAAUCAUGGCUUACGAAUUCAAUUAGUUAAUAAUAGUUUUACUCGAGUACGACAAGGUUUCUUCAGACAAUUGAGUCGCUUGAGAGAGUUCACGUUAGAAGGUCAAAACUUGAAAAUUGAAGUGAAUGCCUUCGCCGGCCUUACGCAAGUCGACUUUUUCAAUUUAUUCGGUGUGAUUUCAUUCGGAUUACGACCAUUCGAAAAUGUUUCCAGAGUACAUAGGUUUGAAAUUAGUCGUUCAAAUUUUUCUAUCUCACCUGGUGUAUUUACCGCUCUAUCACAUGUACGAGAAAUUUAUAUCACCUCAAAUGAUAUUGAUACUAUAAAUACGGGAGCAUUUAUCGGUCUUUAUACAAUUGGAUGCUUAACUGUAAGUGAUAAUAAAAUUGGGAACAUUUCGGGUCAUGCAUUUUCAUCUAUCGUCAAUAUUGGAGAGAUUAUUAUUGAGCGUAACAAUAUACGACAUCUGGAAACGGAAGCUCUGAUAAGUGAAGCAUGGCGAACCAGAUUUCGGGAUAAUAUACUGUAUUGUAGUUGUAUUAUUAAUUGGCUAAAACAUAUCAAUGUAAAGAUUAUUUUUCGCUUUUAUUCUACAUUCAAGUAUCGUAUGAAGCUUUUUUCUUAG